AGCACCUAAAAGUCUCUAUGAUUUCCGCUUUUUUUGUCUUUGGCUUCUUUUCUCACCAUCGCAUCCAUACAUUCACUCUCUCGAUCAUCUUACCCAAUCACCACACCCAAACAUCAUAUAUUCAAAAUGUGCAAUGGAGAAUCUACACGCGUAACCCAAGGCGGUUCCAUCGCCGUCUUGCACCCAACCCCACCUUUCCCCCUCCGGCGCACACGCUCUUCCUCAUCUUCCUCCUCAUCCACUUCCAGCUCCUCAGACGACGAGAUAAAACAAGACGAAAUCCUACUCUACUUCACGAAUCCUCUCUCCAAAAAAUCCGGCACCAACGUUGAAAUGGCUGGAUUCGACCAACAAUCCACACAUGCAGCGUGGGUCGUUAUACAUCGCGACGGCGAUCUCUCGUCUUCUUCCUCACCUACUUCAGCACAAGAACCCAGCGCGUUCUGUUCCUUCCCAAUCAAAUCACAAAACGGACGGUGGGAACUCGAGCGCAAACUCGAACUCGGCGUUGGCGAAAGGGGCAUUAUCGGGAGGAGAGUGUCGGUGUUGAGUGGAGCGCGGGAAGUACUUGCGCAGGGUGUGAUUGGGUGGAAUUGAUGGGUUAUGGGGAGUACGAGUAUGAUUGUGUUCAUGGAUGCAUUGGGACGGCGUUGGAUGAGGCCUUUUAGGAAUAUUGUAUUGGAAAUGGGUUUUUUGGGUAGAUUGGUUACUUGAAUGGAUUACUAUUUUAGUAAGAGUACCAUCUCGUGGUUGAUAGAUGGAACCAGGGAACUUAGAUUAAGCGGGCUAGCCUAUCACAUCGAGUAGCUUUUACUACGAAAUAUUGGUAGUAAGCAUGAUAAGUAUCGAAGGAGGAAUCAAGGUGUUAAGCGGGCUUCAUAACGUCAACGUUGGGCACUCCUAUCUUCACUUCCACCCGUCGACUGAGAGGUAUUUCAGGGGCGUA